AAACAGCUCUACUACUAAGAAAUCAUGGAGCUACUAAUCAGGCAGCAACUGUCAGAUGCUGAGAGACACCAAGAUGUUGAGGUUUUGAAGAAUACUUACAAGUUGAUAAAAUCAGCUGAUGAAGGAAAAUCAGCCCUUGAUUCCUCGGAGAUUUUCUCUUCUGAUUUGUAUGUCCUGUGUGCAGAACAAGCACAUAAGAUGGGUUUUCCGGAAAUGAGCAAGGACUGUCUACAAAUGUAUUUUAAAGGGAAACCUCCUGUUAACCAAUUUUUGGGUAGAGCGUAUUUGUGCCAGAGCCAGCUACAUACCCCCGUAUCUACUGAUAACAUGGAACAGUUUGAAAAGUUCAUUAUAAACUUGCUCAAAGCAAUAGACUUUGCAUUAGGUGAUACAAGAUACUAUUUUUUGAUAUAUAAUGCUUCAGUUAUUUAUUGGAAGAUCAUCAGGCCCUUCUUUAAACCUGGGCUCCGCCACUUUCUUAUCCCAAGCCUCAUUCAGAUUGUGCCUGCGUUGAAGCAUCCAGUUGAGGAAGACAAGGACUGGACAGCAGAACUCAUGAUAGAAUUGCUUGAAUGUUUCCUGGAUGCUUCCAGAGUUGAGGAAGCCAUAGAUUUUUCAUCCACCGCUGCAGCAUUCAUUAAGGAAAAUGCCCCAGGGAGAUAUAAACAACUGUUUUCUUUAAUGAUACGUCAUAAACUAGUAGAAGCUUCACAAUUAGAAGAUGAACUUGAAAACUCUCCCAACUUGAACAUUAUUUAUCAGAUUCAGACAAUCAAGUUGCAAUUAGAUAAAAAUGAGAUUCCACAAGAAGCAGCCACUGAUUUGAGUAAUAUAUAUGAACUUUUGAAGGGAUCUAGAAGGAAAUUAAAUCGUAAUGAAAGAAUUUCUUUGCUGCUGGAAUUGGCUCAACUUUCAUUGAAAUUAAAUUGUAUACCUGUUGCAUGUUCAUGUAUAAAUGAUCUGCAGAAAUGUAAAAUUACUGAUCUGGGGAAAGAGAUUGAAUUGGACUGCUUGGAAUGUGAUUAUGAAGUCAAGAAGCUUGGGCCCAAAAUUGAAACAUAUGCUAAAAGUGUUGUUGAGGCUCAACUGAAAGAAAUACACAAACUUGAGUUAAUUCUGAAUCGUGCAAUUCGGCUGAAAGAUCCUAAUGUUAUUCAAGGUGUCUGCGCUACUCUGUGGAAUAUCUGUUUACCACUGCUGCAGCACAACUUACAACAGCAUAUACGGAAACCAUUGCUAGCUAUUGCUGAAAUCCUUGAGAAGAUUGACAGCAUGUUGAUUUUAUUACGUUGCCAAGUGCAUAUGGAAAUUGCUCGGAUGGAAGAAAAGGCAGAUAGAAUAGAGGCUGCCAUGGAACAUUUACAGAAAGCCAUCUAUCUUGAUAACAAUGGGCAAUAUAAUGAGUACUUAAAAAUGGCAUUCCAUAGGCUUAACUUAAACACAAUGCUGUACAAGUCACUGGAGCGUCUAGAAGACCAAGCAAAUUUGAUGAUAGAACAGGCUAAAAAAGGAACACCAAAAGAUAGUGUGAGGAAAAAACGGUCACUCUUGGUGAAUGCUGGCCUUGCCCUAGCUCCUGAGGCAUUUCAGAUUGUCCUUGAUAGCGAAAAUGAAUCUAAAGUUGACUCAAGUAAAACUAAGGGUCAGAUUAGUUAUCUCUGUGCAAAAGCAGAGCACCAUAGAAGAAAUGUGGAAAAAGCAGAUGGACAUUUGAAGAGAAUAGGACAUGAAAAUGAAAAGGAGAGAAUUAGACUUUGGUCAGAAAUAGCAAAAACAGCUCGAAAACAGAGUGUGUGGGAUGUGUGUCGGGCUGCAUGUAGAUUCUGUCUCUUGUAUGAUGACUGUCAAGUAACAAAGACAUCAAAACGCCGAAAAUUAUUCAGGAAGAAAACCAGUUGGAACACAACAGAAGAGGAACAAGAAGGAAACAUACCGGUACAAAGAGAAUCACCUUCCCCCACUAAAUUAUUCUCUUUGGAAAGAGAUUUGCUCAAAACAUUAGCAGAAGUAAGAUUCAUUAAUGCAGAGGCAACAAUUCAUUUACUGAGAAUGGAAGGUGUUCAGCUCAAUGAUCAUGCUGUCAUCCCUGUAGAUACAAGUCCACACUCUGCAGGACAUGCCCAAUCGCAAACUGGGCAUGAAUCAGAAUGGAAUACAUACAGUACCUGGAUAGACCAGUUAUCGAAAUACGCUAUGGAAAACUUUCUGCGGGCCGCCAAAAUUGGGGAAGACUUAAAUGAAUCCUGGAUUGUCCAUAACACUGUGGUGUAUGUCUUAAAUCACAAUAAACAUCUAAUUGCUUCAAAAAGGCAAAGAGAACUUGUUGAACCACUGCAAACUCUAUUCAGUGCAAUAAGAAACACUGGACAUUGUGGGAAUACUACUAUUUUGGUGACAUUAUGUAAUGCCUUGGCCCGGGGCCUCAUUCUCCCCUGGAUUCCAAAACCAGUUUCCAAACCUGAUGAAAAGAAAGUUACAGAAGAAGGGCCCGUCAGACGUAAAAAGCCACCUCCAAAAGUAUUUGAGAAAACAGUUGCUACCCCAACUGUCUCUGUGGAUCCAGCAGGACUGCAUGAUAUUAAGGCAGCCAUAGAGGUUUGUGAAUUUGCCAUGCGUUUGCCUAAUGGAAGCGUGCCUGAUGAGCCGGUGCCUAUUGCUAUGCGUCAACAGGUUAUUGCUACUUGGGUGAAAGCCAAACAAUUAGUUCAGCAUCAGAUUGUGAGAUGGCAUGGAUCUGAAGAUGAGAGCAAUGAUGAAGGAUCCACGCCUAUGGCAAAAGUAUUUAUUGGUGUCGAAAUGUAUUCAUGUAAUGGUUUGGGUCUCAUGGACUUUUCACUUCCCAACUUGUCACAACUGGUGAAAAUGGCUUUGGAGUGCAACUGGACAGACUCACUAGUGCAACUUCAGACAUUGACUCGGCUUGCACAUUAUGCAUACACAAGCCAUGACCAUGAAUUAGCUAUGACUUGCUCUCAGAAGGCUUUGGACUUAGAUGAUAAAGCACUGCACAACACGGAUGCAAAGAAAAGAGGAAUGAAUGAUUACACAGCCAGACAAGAAAUGUUAAGUAUUGCUGCUUGUACACAAGGGAAGAGUAUGAUGGAAAAUCUGGCUGGCAAAAAGCAUUUGCGUGCAGUGGCAUCAAAAUGUUUUGUUGCAAGUGCAAGAUAUGCAGGAGAAGCUGGGGAUGUUGCCCUUGCCAUGAUAGCAUCUAGACACUUCUGGAAUGCAUGUUUGCCUUUCAUUGGUUCUUCAGCAGACAGGCAACAGCUUAAAAUCCCCACUGAAGUCCUUCUCAAGAGCAUAAUCAAAGCCUCUGAAGCUAAAAACAAGCAGGAAGCAGAACAAAUGUUGCAUUUGCAUCAGUGGCCUACAAUAGACUUUCAAAGCAGCAGUUCAUCCAGUGUACCUUUUUUCCCAGGUGCUGAUGAAGAUUUGACUUUAAGGACGUUCUUGUAUGUAUUGUUAUUUCAAGUGCAUGCUGAUAAAAAUGAUUGGGAGGCAGGCCUCAAAGUAUUAGAUGAUGCUAUUCAGAUACUCCCUCGAACCAAGCACAGACUCCCUAUUUUUAAACAUAUGGUAAUGGUGAAGGCAAGACUUGGACGUAACUAUAUCAUGGAAAUACAGAAAUUCAAAGAUGAAAGUGAGGACUGCUUGUCGCAUAUGUGGCAUCGUCUGGCAUCUGUGUCGCCAGAUCUUGUGGGACAGUUAUCCUGUUACCAAAAUGCGAUUGAUAUUUUACAGGAAAAAGAAUUUGAAUUAAAGAAAGUUGAUAAUCUGUUAGGGUUUGCUGAAUGGCUGUAUUGCAACCAGUUUCCUCUAAGUGAAGCUAUUAAACACCUGGAAUGGGCAAUACAUAUAUUGCUAUACCUCAGACCUAUCCGGAAAAGUCCUGAUGAAGAAGAGUCAAGAGACCAAAUUACAGUCAGAGACUUAAGGAGUAUCAAACAGUUGGAAGCUUUAUGCAGAGCUCAUACUAUAAUGGCAGUCAUUUCUGGCCACGGUUCUCCUUCUCAUGAGCAGCACUGUUUGAUGGCAUAUGCUUUUGUGAUACACAUAUGGCAGAUGUCAGUGACAUCAGCAGGAUCUGCUUUGAAAGCACUGACCAGAGUUUCACCAUCUCAGAUGUCUACUUCCAAAACAAAGGGGAAAAAAGAUGUAAAACAACCUGCAGGUAGUCAGAGGUCACCAACAACACCUCCUAAAAAAGAUAAAUCCUCAAAAGAGGGCAAACAGCCUCCAGGUAGUCAGAGGUCACCAACAACACCUCCUAAAAAAGAUAAAUCUUCAAAAGAGGGCAAACAGAGGUCACCAACAACUCCUCCUAAAAAGGAUAAAUCCUCAAAAGACGUCAGACAGGUGCAGUCAGUUAUUAAAGACAAAUCUAAACGAAAAGCCCCUGCUGAUGCCUUACCUGCAAGUGUGGAGGAAUGGGCAAACUAUGAAUGUCCUGAUGAAAUCAGAGAGGCCUUCAAACACGACUCAAGUGGCUGUGCUGUGAACAGAGAGACCAUUCUAGCACCCACACGAACCUUAUAUUACCUAGACCUUUUAGUUAAGGAACUACAGGCUCUUUUGUGUACGCACUUGACUCUUCCAGUUCUUCAUCUGGCUGAGAUCAUUGCUCAUGAUGUUGUAGAAAGCAGAAGUCUAUCUGAUCUCUACCAUCUCCGACUCUCCAGUACUUGCUUAGAUCUAAAUUUGUGUCCAGCAUCGUCUUAUCAUGAGAAGGCAGUGGGUGGAGUAUUCAUUAAUGAAAUAGAACAAGGGAGAUUUAGACAAGAGAUUGCAUUUAAAAAGGAGAAUGCCUUAAAAGAUAAUCAAAAGGAAAAUAAGUUACUUGACAGUCCAAAACCAGGUGAUGUUGAUCAAAAUACACAAAAAUUAUCUGCAAAAGAUAAGAUUUUGGAACUAAAUCCUAUCACUGAAAAAGAAUUAAGUGGACUCUCAUUCCCCUACCUCUGGAUAGACAAGGCUGAGGUCUUACUCCAACUGAAUUUAUAUCAACCAGCAAGACUACUGCUUUCAGAAGCACACCAAGCAGCUCAGGAAAUGAAUGACCCAUGUACCAUAUCACAGUGCCUUUAUCUUCUAGCUGUGCUGGCUAACUUGGAAAAAAAACACGGGCAGGCCAAAGCCCUGCUUGAAAAUGCACAACUGAUAGGAGGAAAUGAGAAGUUUUGGUGCAAUAGCACUUUGUGUCUUACAGAUGCAAUUUUAGGGGAAGACAGGGAAGGAAAGUCCAAAAGGGCUUGCCAUCUUCUGCAAAAACACAUAAAUAUUUUGCGACCAUUACUUAUGGAAAGACCUAACAAAGAGACUGAGCUCAGUUUUAUAAUUGCACGUCUUGAAGCCAGGAAAGCCUACAUUCAGAUAGAUUUUGCUAAAGAUUUCAUCCGUGGUCAUCAUCAUUCUAAUUCAGUAGCAAUGUUGCUGGAGCCAUAUGAUAAAUUAAUUCACAUAGAGAAGGACUUUCUUUCUUAUGGAUAUAUAGAUUACAGCACUGAAGCUUUGAUGGCCUGUGCAGACAUUCAAAGGAUUCUGGCUAAACACACAACAGACACUAUAGACAAGCAGAGCCGUUACAUGGAUGCAUACAGAUUAGCUCAAGAAGCAGUAACACAAAUGGAAAAACUUUUUCGACAUACAAAUAACAUGCUUCCAGUUAAUGAAACUAGAAAUAUUAGCAUGCCAUUGAUGAGAAGACUUGCUGUCAUGAAACUGAGCCUCAUAGAGAUUAUUUUGGAUAUUUUUAUGCUUACCAAUAUUGAGAGAAAAAAGAAGGAGGCCCGAGCCGAACAAAUUGAGCAAAUUAUUGAGGAUUUUGUGAGAUUUACACCUGACGCAGCUUCUAUUGAACAGGCCUGGAUAACCCUUGGGCGCACAAUUGGUCAUAAUGCUCUGGCUCAGCUAGCAAGCCUACAGACUCUUUGUACUGGUUCUCCUGAUAUCAAAGCCAAGUACCUGUAUCUCACAGGAAAGAGUCUGCAUUUACUUGCUGAUCGUUCAAACCCUUUAUCUUCAGAUAUUCAUUGGUCGGAAAGUACAGUGGAGGUGGCUAAAUCUCUCUGUGAAAAGUCUCCUUCACCAGAAGCAGAAGCAAAAUGUGAUGAAAGUGAAGUACCAACUACUCCUUUGCCACUUAGUAAAAAACAGCUUGAUCAGUACAGGAAGAAAGCAUAUGAAUUAAGGGGAAGACAGAUUUGGACUCAGAAAUACUUGUUUCAGUCAACAGAAGUUUUGCUGCAGUGCAUUAAUGUUGCGAUUAAUAAUAACUUGAUCGAUACCUUGGCCAAUGCUAGUUUGGAAAUGGUGGAGUGCAUUGGACGAUUUGACCCAGUUUCAGCAGCUCAGUUUUUGGCCCUGUAUCAGAGCUGUACAGCAUCAAUGAUGAUGAAAGAGAUCCUUCUAGCAGCUACACUGAAUACAAGCAGUUCACAACUGGCAGCAAUGCUACAUCUGCAGCACCACUUAGAACAAAAAGGAGACAGAACAAGCAGUCUUCUAAAAAAUGUGGAGCAGAGAUUAACAACUAUAUCCAAGGCAUGGGGAAACCUCUGCAUUUCUGUGCAACAUUUUAAUAUCAUGAAUGAAUUGCCACCAAAUUUUCAUGUAAUCAUUCUCCAGCAUUCAGAAGACAGAUCAUUGUUGUAUGGUGCACUGCUCCAAAAAAUAAAAUCAGCAAGCCCAAAGGAACAAAAGGAGCAAAAGGAAAAAACUGGGCACCCAAAAGACAAGGGUGGGCAACAAAAGGAAAAGAGUGGACAACAUAAAGGAAAACCUCUUCAGCCAACUUUGCAGGCUAAAAUUGUGCGGUCCACUGUGGAUUCUGAUAUAUUCUUCAGUUUAUUGGAGAAAGUAAAACUUUUGAAAGAGGAAAGGAUGUUGAGUCUUCUGGAUCAAGUUCUAUCACCAGAUAAAACCCUGCAAGAUGAAGGGCUGCGAAAAUGGCAAGAAUCAUCUGCACAGUUAGAUCAAAAUAUGGAAGAUGAAGACGAACAGCGCUUUGCAUCAGAAUUUCAGGCUGUUUUGAAAGAUAUGGAAGAAUAUCUAAAACCUGUAUUAUCACAGUUUGAUUUCUCUGAGCUGAGACAUCAAAGUCCAGCAGUCUCUCCAGCUGACUCAGGAAAAACAAAAGGUGACUUAGGAAAAAGUAAAACAGGUGACUCAGGAAAAACCAGAAAAGGUAGUCCAGGAAAAGCUAAAACAGAUGACUCAGGAAAAUCCAAAGUCAAUGAGGCAGGGAAAGCUAAAACUAAGGAGAAAGGCAUAGCAAGUCAAGCUCUUGAAGAUAUUGGACAGUGUGUGAUACUGCUGGUGGACAAAUCCCUUAUGGAGCUACCUUUGGAAGCUCUGAGUACCUUUCAAGAAGAAUCAAUUAGUUCUGUGUCCAGAGAUUUUUCUCUCCAAAUGUUCUACAAUCGCUUGCAUAAAGAAGAAUCGGAAGCUGAGGGAAGGAAGGAUGGAAAGGGUGUGAAGGAAUCCAAACCUAAAGGUGAACAAAAAAGAGGAAUGAAAAUAGUGUGUGCAACUUCAUCACAUUGUGAACUAUAUGUUGUGGAUCCACAUAAUGAAGCAAGGAGAAAAGAAACAGAUAAUCCUGAACAAACAUUUAAGACAAUCCUAGAGAAAUAUGAGCCAUUUACUCUUCGUUGGGAUGGUUUUUUCGGUAGCACACAUUGUCCAAGUCAAGCAGAGUGGGAACACUUACUGAAUAACUGUAGUGCAUUUGUCUUCUAUGGAAUGGAAAGAUUCCUCUGCCACAUUUUGCUUGAGAGAUUCAUUGCUAUGAAGAUACCAGAAUGUCAGCUGAUGAUGCUUUUAGAACUUGCGCAUACAAAACCAAGUGCUGUACGAGUGAGAGAUCUUGAUGAGGACAGAAGUUCUUUACGCCUGUCUCUGGAGCUGCCCAUAGAGACAGUAAUCCUUCUGAGCCUCACUGGGGUGCACUCCAUCAUCGCAAACCAAUGGCAUACUACCCUGGAAGAGAAUGCACCAAAACUGGAAAGCUUAUGUGAAAGUUUAUUAAAAGUAGGCAAAACAACUGGACAAGCUGUUCGAAUCCUGCAGAGGAGUAAGACUGCUAUGGAUCCAGCAUCUAAAGUGGAACCAUACCAUAUGGAUUCUCCAGAAGACAACAAAGAGGAUCAGAGGGAAAGUCCCAGUGGACGAAGCCAUCCUGAAAUGCAGCCAUCUGCUAUUAAUGCUGUUUUAUAUGGACUUCCCAACCUAAUGUUCACCUGAUUCACAGUGCAUUUCUGAUAUAACAGAGAAAUUGACUAGAAUGUGAAACAACCAUUGUUUUCUGGAAAAUAUUGCUGAUUGGAGCUUGUUAAUUUGAGUUCACAAAAGUUGGAUUAUUUUUAAAUUUAUACUUUAGUGUUCAAAGAAAUAUAAAAUGUUUUUGUCUGAGUUUUCUACCGAUGUUUUUCAGUGUGGAAGUCUGUCAUCUGUGUUUUGUUACCGCUGUGCUUAAUCACAUCACAAUCACUGUGUGUUUGUGGUGCUAGAUGUUGGUAUAGUAUUGGUUGCUACCCUGAUAGCAUGAUAGUAUGUUGUCACACAGAUUUAGUUUGCACACCUAUACCCAUUUAGCUGGGAUUCAGAAAUGUGAGUCUGUCGCUGUAUCUUCCCCAUAUUGCUGUUCUCCACUGAGGGAUGCACAUGCUUUGUUUUUUAAAAAAAGUUCAGCGUA